AGUGUGUAUAUAAAAGGUAAGAAAUGACUAGCCCAAUGUCAGAAGCUAAAGUGUGCUCCAAACGUUUAAGAGCGAUAUGGCAGCUACAGAAAUUGUUGUGUUCCUAGUACUGGCAAUAGUAUUUCAGUACCACCUUGUAACAGCUCAAAUAUGUACGGAUUUUGUUGAAUCUACAACAUGCGGAGGAAAUAUUGUGGCAGACUCUGGUAUCAUUCGAUAUAAUCACACCGGAUACGGCAACAAUACCGGGUGUAUGUGGUUGAUCCGCAGCAACAUCAACUCAAAAAUUGAGGUUCGACUGCUUGAGGAUUCAUUCUCGUCUUCUAGCCAAUACAUUCAUAUUUACGGUUUGUCUUUGGAUGGUGAAAUUAGUGGAAAUGCUGAUUCUGAUAUUCGUCAUGGAGGGUUUAAAGCGAGACAUUUCAAUGGUCCGCUAAUUUUAGUUACCUUUACGACUCUCGACUAUUGGGGUCCUGUCAAUCCCACGCCAAGGUUUACCUUGUUGUUCAGAGGAUGCGGUCCAGAUAUCAGUAAUCCGCCAACGUUUACCCAUCAUUAUAGGGAAAAAAUUCCUGGUGAAACGGAAAUAAUUACAUAUCCAGAGGAUGGAGGAAUCUAUCCGAACAAUCAACUUAUAACUUAUCUCGGUUUGCGACAGGAUAGAGCUGUGGUGAAGAACUCCGAAGGUGAAUGGAAGGUGAAGGUAACGUAUCAAGACAUUCAAUCAUCGGCUUAUUGCAUGUUCGGAGAUUCCUUGAGAUUUUAUUCCGCUGGAUUCAACUUUCUGUGCGCAGUCGACGAACAAGACGAGUUCAUUUGGAGAUUCUGUGAGCAAAACAGCACCAAAACACAUGUUCUCCCAAAACGGUCACCAAAAUAUGGCAACACUUAUCCUGAUAAUAUUGCCAUUCUUGCAGUCUUUCAGUCGAACGGAUAUCAAGGUGGAAAAGGAUUCGUUUUCGAGUGGUAGUUUGUUUGGUAUUUGUUGAUAAGGAUUUGAAUAAAAAUAUGGGACUAAGACCCACCUUCCCAACUAUA